AUCAGUGCCAUUGAUGCACACAUAUAACGUUGCGAGGCCAUCUACAACCGGUGCAAAAUGUUCCACAGCAGCGUUAUCCCCGCAAGAACCUUACCGUCAUCCCAAUAUCCGUAAUAGUUCGCUGAAUGGUCGGGCCAGCACCAUUUUUGAACCGAGACCUUCCGCGGUGUACGCCGAUUUGGCGCUGCAAGUCCCACCCGACAAUCCGACAGACGGCAACUCUUCACUAGCGAAGAGUCUUACACAUCCUCCUCAAUCUGGUAUUGAUACUCCGAUUGAGCCAGAGCCGGUCAAUAGCUUCUUGAACAAAGUAUACGAAUCGGACAUCAGCUCGUGCUCUACGGCGUACGAAUCCGUCGUCGAAUUCCUGGAUCCUGGUGAUGGAGUGCCAUCUAAGCAGAAAACUAACAGGUCAGUAUCAAAACGUUUCUACCUUGCUCGUUUUUUAUGA